GAUACCUGUCAACGUUGCUUGAAUUUUCACAAUUUUUUUUGCCGCUAUGACAUUACAACUAUAAAAAGUGCUUUAGAUUUUCUCAAAACCACACACAGGCAACGCGCAGCAGUAGGAGUACCCAUCUGAGACCGAUGACCGAGGCAGCUGGAGCAGCCAUCCCAGGAGGAGCCGCCGGAGACACGAAAUCGUACGGCACAGAGAUGCUUCGGCAGUCCAGCAGGGCGAAAGAGCUACCCAAGUUGGAUGACCUGGUGCAAUAUGUGAGUCUCCAUGUGCGCAUACCCACGCCGCUGACCGGUGUGGUGCUGCCCUUCGUGCCACUCUACCUGUCCGCAUUCUACCUGUGGAUCAACGUAAGUGGCGGCGAGGAAAAUGAAACCACCCAGAACGAAACAACCACGGAUAAUUCUACAACUUGGAAUGACGUGGGCUUCAUCGCCGUACUGGCGAUAGCCUUUCUGCACAUUCUGACGCUGCUCUUCUGCUACUGGAGCGUUCACGUGCUGGCCUUCCUUACCUGCCGACGUGUGAAGCUGCCCGGCGCCAAUGUGCUGGCCAAAGUGGUGCCCACUGCCAACAAUGGCAAUUCGAAGAUCGUACCCAUUCGCUCCUCCCAACUGGAGGAUGGCUCAACGCAGUAUUUUUUGGUUUUCCAAAAGACCAAAUACGUUUGGAAUGAGGAUCGAAAAACAUUCCGCGCCGUCGAAUUCCCGGUAAAUGGACUACUGAGUAGCUAUUCCACAUCUAGAGGUUUGGAAACCGAGGAGGCCGUCAAGCGGGCUACUCUCACCUACGGAAACAACGAAAUGGAAAUGGUGGUUCCUGAAUUUCACGAACUUUUCAUAGAACGCGCUACUGCACCUUUCUUUGUGUUCCAAGUGUUCUCCGUGGGACUGUGGUGCAUGGACGACUACUGGUACUACUCCCUGUUCACGCUCUUCAUGCUAAUAGCCUUUGAGUGCACUAUUGUAAAGCAGCAGCUCCGGAACAUGUCCGAGAUUCGAAAAAUGGGCAACAAACCCUACCUGAUAUACGCGUUUCGUCAGAACAAGUGGCGUCACCUUGGAUCCGAUGAGCUGCUACCCGGGGAUUUGGUGUCGAUAACGCGCUCCCAGAAUGACAACAUAGUACCCUGCGAUCUCGUCAUUCUUCGAGGCUCUUGCAUUGUGGAUGAAUCGAUGCUUACUGGCGAAUCGGUGCCACUAAUGAAGGAGUCAUUAGAAUCCUUAGAUAAUUUGGACGUUGAAAUGGAUGCCGAAGGAGAUGGAAAGCUAUUUGUGCUGUUUGGUGGCACGAAAGUUGUACAGCACACUGCCCCAACAAAAGAAUCGCUUCGUGCUCCUGACGGUGGUUGCAUCGGCUAUGUGAUCCGUACAGGCUUUAACACAUCCCAGGGCAAACUUUUGCGGACAAUCCUGUUCGGCGCAAAUCGCGCCACGGAGAAUAACGUAGAGACCUUUGCCUUUAUCGCUUUUCUGAUGGUAUUUGCCGUGGCCGCAGCAUCUUAUGUGUGGGUUAAAGGCAGCGAGGAUCCAGAGCGCAAUCGCUACAAGCUUUUCCUGGAGUGUACGCUCAUUCUCACGUCCAUAAUUCCGCCCGAUUUGCCCAUCGAGUUGACCUUGGCGGUAAACACAUCACUGAUUCAGCUAACAAAGUUGUUUGUGUUCUGUACAGAACCCUUUAGGAUUCCCUUUGCGGGAAAAGUGCAGAUUUGCUGCUUCGACAAGACUGGGACUCUGACAACGGAUAACCUGAUGGUGGAAGGUAUUGCAGGACUGGCUCCCAAUGGAGCUUGUGUCCCCAUCGACCAGGCGGAAGGGAACACGGUUCAAGUGCUCGCCUGUUGCCAUUCAUUGGCUCUGCUUGACGACGGAUUAGUUGGGGAUCCACUUGAGAAAGCCACUCUAGCAGCUGUGGACUGGACGCUUACCAAGAUGGACAGCGUCAUCCCAAGGCGACCACAGUUUAAGCCCUUGAAGAUCAUCCAGCGCUAUCACUUCUCAUCGGCACUUAAGAGAAUGUCCGUGUUAGCUGGCCAUCUAGUGCCGUACUCCAAUGAGGUGAAACAUUUGGGAGCAGUAAAGGGAGCUCCUGAGGUCAUUCAGAAGAUGCUGCGCGAGGUGCCCUCGGACUAUGAAAAGGUUUAUUUGGAAUAUGCUAGGCGUGGAGCACGCGUUUUGGCUUUGGGAAUUAAGGAUCUCGGGACCCUGAGCGCUCAGAGAGUUAGGGAAAUGAAGCGUGAGGAAGUAGAGUGUGACCUGACAUUUGCCGGAUUCGUGAUUAUUUCCUGUCCCAUGAAGCCCGAUUCGAAAUCUGUGAUCAAAGAGCUUAUUCAAUCCUCGCACAAGGUGGUGAUGAUUACCGGCGACAGCCCGCUCACCGCCUGUCAUGUGGCCCGCGAACUGCGCUUCACCCGCAAAAAGUUGAUCAUUCUUACCCCGUCUGACCAGGAAAACAGGAACAGCUGGAGUUGGGUAUCUAUCGACGGGGAUCAAACCUACGAACUGGAUACUAAGGCUGGUAGCAAAAAUCUUCAACAUUUGCUAGCCACGCACGAUCUCUGCAUUACCGGAGAGGGAUUGCAGCAUCUGCAACAGAAUCAGCCGCAAUAUAUGCGCCAAGUACUACCACUGAUUACGGUCUGUGCGCGCUUUGCACCCAAACAAAAGGAGUUCGUUAUCACGCAAUUAAAGCAACUGGGGUACUGCACUUUGAUGUGUGGCGAUGGCACCAACGAUGUAGGAGCUCUUAAGCACGCCAACGUGGGCGUCUCCCUGCUGACCAGUGCUCCAGUGAAGCGUAAACGCACCGAGGAGGAACAGCAGCAGGCGGCGGCCAAUGCAGCUGCAGCAGCAGCUCAGGCACAAGCAAAUGCCAACCAACAGUUGACGCCCAGGGAGCGCGCACUGCGUCGGCGCCAGGAGCAUAUCAACCAGACACAGGCUCGUCUGCAAAGCGCCCUUCGUGACAUGGAAGAGCAAACUAUGGUCAAGUUGGGUGAUGCCUCUAUCGCCGCACCUUUCACCAGCAAGUCCUCUUCAAUCAUGUGCGUUAACCACAUCAUUAAGCAGGGUCGAUGCACGUUGGUCACCACACUCCAAAUGUUCAAGAUCCUUGCGCUGAACGCACUCAUUCAAGCCUACUGUCAAUCCGUACUCUACAUUGAUGGCAUCAAGUUCAGCGAUACCCAAGCCACCAUGCAGGGCAUCUUCAUUGCCGCCUGCUUCCUCUUCAUCACACGAGCUAAGCCGCUGAAAACUCUAUCCAAGGUGGCUCCACUGCCAAAUAUCUUCAACUUCUACACGAUAUCAACUAUUCUCAGUCAGUUUGCUGUGCAUUUUGGAACGCUCUACUACCUGACCAGCCAAGCCAACAUUCUGGCACCGCCUAGAGAGGGCAAAGUAAAGUUGUAUAUUGACAUGGAUGCCGAGGAGAAGACUAAAUACGAUCCGAACAUUGUUAGCAGCACGGUCUACAUAAUUUGCCUAUCAUUACAAGUGGCCACCAUUGCGGUGAACUACAAGGGCCAUCCAUUCAUGGAGAGUUUGCGCUCCAAUCGCAUGCUGAUGUAUGCCAUCGGAGCUUCCGCUACAUUGGUGAUUCUUCUGUCCACGGGCCUGGCGCCCGAACUGACGGAGUUCUUUGAGAUAAUUGAUUUCCCAACGGAUUUCCGCAAAACUUUGCUCGGUGUCCUAGUCUUGGAUAUUGCCGGGGCUUUCCUUUUGGACCGUAUUUGCUCAUUCCUGUUCGGGGAAACGCGUCGCAAAUCUAAAGUGCUGAACUGUUAGGACCAUUUUAUACUAAGAAACAUACUAGAAAAGUAAAGUAACAGCAGCGCAAACCGUACGUUCCACAUGACAGAAAAAGCCCUUUUGUUUUUAUUUGUAUACCCUUAAGGAUCAACAAUUUAACGUGUUUUAUGGCGUCGGUUUCAUAAAUAUUUAAAUUCUUCAUCCAAGAAUCAACAUAAUGCAUUUAAAGUGUAUUAUCAGGCAAGUGUAUUAUCGGGCGGCCUAUAUAAUUUUAAUUUGACAAAUCGAAAUCUUUCGAUUACUUCGACUCCCGUAUAUGCGAUUAGUGAAAUUGUCGUAAUAUUUGUAAUGCUAAUAAAAUAGAGAAAAGUUUAAAAACCGUGA